AGCACGUUGGCAAUAUUACGUCGCGUGGUGAAAAGUGUAUAUUGAAUUUUUUUUCCACAACUUCUACCAAAUUGCUUUAGCUAGCAGCAAGUCGAAGUWAAGAAAUUCGUUGGUGGUCUUUGCGUCAAUGUGCACUUUAUUUUUGAAUCGUACAUAACACAACAGUGAUUUACUAACGUGUACGUACAUGUUAUAAAAGUGUAAAAAAGUACGAAAACAAAACAUAGAGUUCCUUGAAAUCCGUACGAGGAUCAACAACACAACUGCUGCGAGCUAUAAACGACAUUCAUUGGAAUUUUCGUGUGCGACAACGACGCUAUUCACUUGACGUGAGCGAAGUGUAUGUGAAAGAGGCAAAAAAUAAAUAAAUAAAUACAAAUUUAUAUAUAUAAGAAGUGUAAGAAACGAAAUUAAAUGCGAAUCGAAACAAAAACGUAACAAAAGUAGCGAAAAGCGCGUUUAAAGCAUAGUGAAUAUGUAAAUAAAUGAAUGACUGCGAAAAACAACUGCUGAAGAUGCUAGUUGAGCGAGUAAUUGAGUUUUUUGUUUUUACACGCGUAUACUUCUAUGUAUAGUUUGCAUAUAUACAUGUGUAUAUUUGCAUGAAAACAGAAAUUAAUGAAUGAAAACAAACGCGUAUCGAGUGCGGAAAAUCCAAACAUAUAAUAUAUUACUAAAACGUGCGUAAAGCGUGGCUACUGAGCAGCGCUAGGCAAAGCAGAAUGCAAACAAAAAUUUAAUUUGCAUAAAUUACUAUGCACAGUGUAUCAAUGAAACAAAUAUAUAUUUGUACAAACAUAUAUUUUAUAACAAGAAAUAAAUACAAUUCAAAUCAACUGUUUGCCUGCUGCGCCCACAAGUUUUAUUAAACGUCACAUUUCCACCGACUAACCUUUUCGAUUUUCAUUUGCAACGCGCACAGCAGCGCGUCAACUGCAGCAUAGGGCUCAUAAGGGUGCAUAUACAGCAAAUUUUAUGUUUGGCACUUGUAUAUGUGAAGUUGCAAACCAAAAGCAAACGCAAAAAUAAAAWUAUUCAAUAAAUCGCUAAUCAACAUUGCGCACAGGCGACUGUGGUGAAGUAUUCGUAUAAAAAAAAAUCGCCUAAAAAUGGUUGCGCCCAUCAUGGAUGGGCUGCCGCGAGUGCCGGACACACAUGGCGAUGUCGUCGAUGAGAAAUUAUUUUCAGAUUUAUAUGUACGCACCAGUUGGGUGGAUGCGCACGUUGCACUCGAUCAAAUCGAUAAGGGCAAAGCGCGAGGGAACCGCACCGCUAUCUACCUACGUUCAGUAUUUCAAUCCCAUCUCGAAUCACUUGGUAGUUCGGUACAAAAGCAUGCGGGUAAAAUGCUUUUCGUGGCCAUACUAGUGUUAAGUACAUUUUGUGUGGGAUUGAAGAGCGCACAAAUACAUUCGAAAGUACAUCAAUUGUGGAUACAAGAAGGUGGCCGUUUAGAAUCCGAACUCGCCUAUACGCAAAAAACGAUCGGUGAAGAUGAGUUCUCAACGCAYCAGCUAAUCAUACAGACGGCGCAAGAUGCGAAUGCGUCGGUGCUGCAUCCGCAAGCAUUGUUGGCGCAUCUGGAAGUGUURAAGAAGGCGACGGCGGUGAAGGUGCAUAUGUACGAUACGGAAUGGGGUUUACGUGAUAUGUGCAAUUCGCCGACAACGCCAAGCUUUGAGGGCCACUACUACAUCGAACAGAUAUUUAAGCAUUUAAUACCGUGUUCGAUAAUAACACCGCUGGAUUGCUUCUGGGAGGGUAGUCAACUAUUGGGACCGGAAUUUCCAGUGCAAAUACCUGGCAUUGACAAGCGCAUCAUGUGGAGCACGAUGAAUCCGUCGAAUCUCGUGCAGACAAUGAAACAACAAAUGAGUGAUCAGAAAAUACCAUUCGACUUUGAUAUGGUGGAGCAGUAUAUGAAGCGUGCCGGCAUUACGACUGGUUAUACGGAGAAACCGUGUCUGGAUCCCAAGAGUGCUGAAUGUCCGGAAACGGCACCGAAUAAGGAUAGUCAGCAACCACCCGAUGUCGGUGCUAUACUCACCGGUGGCUGUUACGGCUACGCCACCAAGUAUAUGCAUUGGCCGGAAGAGCUCAUUGUCGGUGGUGUACAACGCAAUCGUUCCAGUCAUUUGCGCAAGGCGAAAGGUCUACAAACGGUGGUGCAACUGAUGACCGAGAAAGAAAUGUUUGAUUUGUGGAAUGAAAAUUAUAAAGUGCAUCAUAUCGGUUGGACACAGGAGAAAGCAGCGGAAGUGCUGAAUGCGUGGCAACGUAAUUUUUCCAAAGAGGUUGAGACGCUAUUGAAAAGCAAUCGACGUAUAUCGAAUAAGUAUGAUAUUUAUGUGUUUUCAUCGGCCACAUUGGAUGAUAUACUGGCCAAGUAUUCCAAUCCCAGUCCGAUUAGUAUUGUAAUUGGCGUAAUUGCGACGGUAAUCUAUGCUUUUUGUACGCUUAUACGUUGGAAGGAUCCGGUUAAGGGACAGAGUAGUGUUGGUGUAGCGGGCGUGCUGCUGAUCGGUUUCUCGACCGCUGCUGGUUUGGGUCUUUGCGCGCUACUUGGUAUCGUUUUCAACGCGGCGAGUACGCAAGUUGUACCCUUUCUUGCGCUCGGCUUUGGUGUUGAUCACAUUUUUAUGCUCACCGCCGCUUAYGCGGAGAGUAAYCGUAAAGAGCAGACGAAAUACAUAUUGAAGAAAGUCGGACCGAGCAUACUCUUCAGCGCUAGCGUGACAUCGGGYUCAUUCUUUGCAGCCGCUUUUAUACCAGUGCCCGCCUUGAAAGUGUUCUGYCUACAAGCUGCUAUUGUUAUGUGCUUCAAUUUAGCUGCUGCGUUACUCGUUUUCCCCGCCAUGAUUUCUUUGGACUUGCGUCGACGUACUGCCGGCCGUGCGGAUAUCUUUUGCUGUUGYUUUCCUGUGUGGAAGGAGAAACCGGUAGCGACAGCUAUGUGCAACACGCGUUACAACAACACUAGUCGUCGUAAUGCUUAUGCUGUGAAGAAUUGCAACAAUCGUACCACUGCCAUGUCGGCACAACAGCCACAACUCAAGCACCAAGAGGAAGCACUACUUUCCUGCGCCGAGAAACGCAUGCCAUCCUUUUCGYUGUCGAAUUUUGCUUUCAAAUACUAUACGCCAUUCUUGUUGCAAAGCUGGGUGAAGUUUUUAACAAUCAGCACAUUCGUCGGUACGCUAGUCUUCAGUUUAUAUGCCUCGACGCGUCUACAAGAUGGACUCGAUCUGAUCGAUCUAGUGCCAAAGGACACAAAYGAGUUUAAAUUUCUUAAUGCACAAGCAUCGAUGUUCGGCUUCUAUAGCAUGUAUGCGGUGACGCAAGGAAAUUUUGAAUAUCCCACCAAUCAACGUUUGCUGCAUGAGUACCAUGAGGCUUUCGUGCGUGUACCACAUGUUAUUAAGAAUGAUAAUGGCGGUUUGCCCGACUUUUGGCUUUCACUAUUCCGCGAUUGGUUAAUCAACUUGCAACGCAUAUUUGACCGUGAGUUUAGUGAGGGACGUCUAACGCCCGAAGGUUGGUUGCCCAAUGCUACAAGCGAUGCUAUAUUGGCGUACAAAUUACUCGUGCAAACCGGUUAUGUUGAUAAUCCUGUAGACAAAAGUGGCGUCACACAAAAUCGUUUAGUCGACAUUGAGGGCAUAAUCAAUCCAAAAGCGUUUUACAACUAUCUGUCAGCUUGGGCCACUAAUGAUGUAUUCGCCUACGGUGCGUCACAGGGUAAAUUGCAUCCAGAGCCACGUCACUUUUACCAUACUGCCGGUGAAUACGAUCUUAAAAUACCGAAGAGUCUGCCAUUGGUGUAUGCGCAGAUGCCUUUCUAUUUGCAUGGACUGAACUGCACAUCGGAAAUUAAGACACUUAUUGGACAUAUACGUGAUUUGAGCGUGAAAUUUGAGGCGCGCGGUCUACCAAAUUAUCCAUCAGGCAUACCAUUCAUAUUUUGGGAACAGUACAUGACGCUACGCUGGUCACUUGCACUAAUACUAUGCAUUUCRCUUGUCGCUGCUUUCAUAUUGAUCUCAAUAUUGCUGCUUUCUGUUUGGGCUGCCGUUUUGGUCGUCUUCAGCGUCGUCGCAUCGUUGAUACAAAUAUUUGGCGCCAUGACAAUACUCGGCAUAAAACUCUCAGCCAUCCCUGCAGUGAUACUGAUAUUAAGUGUCGGCAUGAUUGUCUGCCUUACAGUGCAUAUUUCACUGGGUUUCAUCACUUCCGUGGGUAAUCGCGAGCGUCGCAUACAUCUCUCCAUGCAAAUGUCACUCGGUCCACUUAUACACGGCGUACUCACUUCCGCUGUAGCCGUAUUUAUGCUCUCUACCUCGCCCUUCGAAUUCGUUAUACGUCAUUUCUUUUGGUUACUGCUUGUUGUGCUCUGCGUCGGCGCUUGCAAUGGACUCGUACUCUUUCCUAUUAUCUUAAGCAUGUGCGGUCCUGAGGCUGAACUGGUGCCACUCGAACAUCCAGAUCGCAUUUCAACACCAUCCCCUGUAAUGUCGCGUUGCAAACGUGCCAACAAAACGGUGGUGGUGCAUGGUGGUCGCUCGUCACGUACCUGCAGCAAGAAUAUGCAUCAUCACAAGGAUAUCAACAUUAAUGAUCCCUCAUUGACGACCAUUACCGAAGAGCCACCCUCAUGGAAAUCCUCCUCAUCAUCCAUACAAAUGAAUAACGAAUGGAAUGGCGCCAAUAUGAAUAUGAAUAAUGCGCAUUAUGCUACAAAUGGCGCGCCACAACAAAUGAAUAAUUACAACAUGAAUAAUUACUAUAUGCAUCGGCAGCAACCGAAUUACAUGCAGCAGCAUCAUCACUUUCAGACGACACCAUCAGCACCACAGGCACAGCAGCAGUGCACGCAACAAAACAUUUAUGGUGCGCCCACAUUUCUCAAACCAACACAUCCAGCACAGCAACAACAACAGCAACAUGCGCAUCAUCAAACGCAGCAGCAGCAGCAGCAGCAGCAGCCAACCCCACCACCAACAACGUCAACACAACACAGCACGCAUACGCUUGGUGGGCCACACGAAACGAGUAACUUUCCCGAGUUGCAGAGUAUCGUGGUGCAACCGGAAGUCACUGUGGAAACGCACCACUCGGACACGAACACAACAAAAGUAACCGCGACGGCGAACAUCAAGGUGGAAUUGGUGACGCCAGGUCGCGCCGUGCGUAGCUACAACUUCAGCAGCUAGCGCUCGCGUUUAGCUGAAUGUGCGCAAUAGGCGCUUUAGUGUAAYGGGUGCAUGUAUUUAUUUCCUUAGUUAAGUAGUAGUUGUAAAAUGAAAGCGCUGCUACAUUUUGUCCUUACACACAAAUAAUAUCGCUCGAAGUAGUGCAUUUAAAUAGCAUUGGUGGUAUAGUGCACAAAAAUCACUAAAAUUCAUUUUCAAAAUAAAUGCAGGCAAGCAAGGAAAUGUCAAAUGUCGCACUUUGAAGUAUUUGUGUGGUGCUGCCAGCCAACAGCUGAGUUAUGUGUACAUAAAUGUUAAAASAAACAUUGUGAAUGCUUUGUUUGGCUUGUAGCAAUGUUUGUUUUGCAGUGUAAAUAAUUCCA